AUGAUUGGCAAGACUGCGGCUGCUGUGCUGAUCCUGCUCCUGAUCUCAGCACUUGGAGCACAAGGUGAGGCAGUGCCACGCUCAGCCAUCGAACUCCGGUGCCAGUGCAUAAGCACCCAUUCCAAGUUCAUCCAUCCCAAGUUCAUCCAAAAUGUGAACCUCACCCCCAGCGGACCUCACUGCAAGAAUGUUGAAGUCAUAGCUACCCUGAGAAAUGGCAGAGAAGUGUGCCUGGAGCCCAGUGCUCCCUGGGUGAAGCUGAUCAUCAAGGCAAUUCUGGACAAGGCCAACACCAACCCUGAGACAGAGUCCUAA